AUGGAGUUUCCAGGAAUCCCAGCAGAGUUUAAAGAUUUGAAAGUGUCACCGAAUCCGUUCGAUCUAAAUUCCAAAGAGCUCACGUUGAAGAACUUUUCGAAAAUUGCGAUUUUGUUUAAAGUAAAAUGCACCAGCAACAAGAGAAUCAAAAUCGAGGGUUGCGCUGACAUUUUGAGGCCUGGCAAUGAGACUACGGUUCCAAUAAAAAAACAGGUGGAUAAUGUCGAUGGAGAUGCUCUAUACGUGACUUAUACACUAGUUGGGCGACAGUGGCAUGAUGAGAGAAUGUCCGCGUUCAAAUGUUGGGAACGUGCGAAGAAGCAAGCUGUUCGGACGAAUUGUCUCACAAUUCCAAUCAGAAAAAACAGCAAAACACGUGAGGAGAAAGGGAAGAAUAAGGAUGAGAAGGAGAGGGAUAAGGAUAGAUCAAAAGACAAAAGGAAAGAGAAGACCAAGGAGAAGACGAAGGACACCACGAAGAGCGAGGAUUAG